ACUGUAAACAGCGCUGAGAGCGUCGCUGCACUGGAGUCUAGGGGAGAGACAGGCACGGGUAGAAAGCUCCGAAUAAAGAGGGCGUAAAAGUUUGAAGAAAAGCAAGACUGUGAUAGAGGCGGGAGGAUAUUAAGAGAGUAACAUCAGCAAGUGGUGACAUCCUCCCAUCUCUCCCCUAGCUCUCUCAUACACGCAGACACCGUCACCCAUUUCAAAUGUGCCUCUUCUAACAGUCCCAUCAGCAUUAUCUAAACCAAGUUCUCAUUACCAAAGAGUGCUAUCCUGAAAAACACAUUUCAUAAGUGCAUACAUUUACAUACGCCAGCAUUUCAACAUUCCAAAAAACAGUUCAGCAGAGCCAUAUUUGAUGCAUAAACACAUCAUGGCCUCUGUCGCCAAAUCCUCGAACCCCGAGAUCCCCGAUAAUCACAAAGAGUGCUGGUUGGCGCUGCUUGCUGCCGCUGAGGCGUACGGUCAGACGUCUGGAUGUGAUUUGGCCAUUCUGACUGCGUAUAAAAAGUUCCAUGCGUCCGGGAUUGAGGUGGAAGGACAGAGGAAUCAUGAAGGAGGCGGGACGUCUGGAACCAAGAAGUUUGAUUAUGAAUAUCAUGUAUGGGGUCAAGGGGCGUUGGCUGAGUCAUCACGGCGAUACGUGGAUGACAUUGCCGUUCUGCACUCCACCACCGUAUUGAUGGCACAGAGACACACACGGAUGAAUACAGACGAGGGCGGAGCCAAACUGGGCGUGGACAUGCCAUCUGAUAGGCUGAGCUUGACUGGAGAUGGAGUUGGGACUGUUAGUCCGAACAUGAGGCUCUAUUCUCAGAGCUACCCGUCCAUCUACAGUUCGGCUGCUGCUGCUGCUGCCAUUGGCCUGUCAGUCGGUCAACAUGGAAACGGAGAGCGUGACAGAGAGAAAGCUGCGAUGGAGGAACGCGAGAGGGCAAGAGAGAGAACAGAAAUAGUGGACUUGGAGGAAGAAGAUGAAGACGAUGAGGAAGAAGAUUUGGAUGGAAGGAGACGUAACCUGAAUGAAUCGGCAGGUGUCUUCUCAAUGGAUGAGGACUCUCUGUCCCGGGACUGUGAGCCCUUCUUUGAGUCUGAUGGGGAGGAGGAGAGCACUGAUGGCUCUCUGAGUGAGGAAGCACCUCCGCCUCCUCGUGGGUUGGCAAUGGGUCACCUGGCGUCCCGCUCCUCCAACCCCAUGUCAAUGGCUCGUUCAUUGCCUGUGUCAGUUCCAGUGUGGGGUUACAGGAACAAUCAUGCCCCUCAGGGAGACUCGCACAGUGGAGAACGGGUGGGCUGUGCAGACCUGGACCACAUAGCUGCCAGUAUGAAAGCCCUACUGGUCCCAGGAGCCACCGACGGGACGGAGAUGUUCGGAGCACUGCCUCGGCCUCGUCUAAACACGGGCGACUUCUCUCUCAAACACUGAGAGGGUGAAUGUGUGCAUAUGUAUGAACGACUGACUUACAGACUGAGCGUGCAUGAGAAUGACAGGUGAGCUCGCUUGUGUGCGUGAAAGAAGUGAGUUGAACCGAACUGGAGAGUUUCAAAGAAUGUUUUUUAGCAAAGACGUUGCCAAAAUCUGAAGCUUCUCCUGCAUAUCAUUAUUAGUAUUUCUAUGGCGUUUCAAGUGGCUAAACCUUUUACCAAACCUUCACAUCUGCAGCAGGAGGAGGAGGAGGAGGAGGAGAGGUUUGAUCAGCAUGUCUUAAUCGGGACAAUUUCUUGUGGUUGUGGCAGACUUUAGUUACGUAGUGCAUUUCACUGAGAAACACUAACAAACAUCAUUUCAUUACUAAUCACACGCAGUAAAUGAUAGAUUUACUGAAGGUAAAUGAGCUGAUUUACACCACAUCCGUCACCAGAGGAGCGUUUUACGUUAACAGACACUACAUGUACUUGGAUGUAUAGACUGCUGAGUUCAGAUGUGGAUUCAGUAGAUUUAAUGAUGUCACUCUCUGCCUGCGUUAAAUCUCGUUUAUUUCAGAAAGAGUUUCAAAGAAUUUCUAAAGCUAAAGGACAAUAAGCUUUUAAAACACCAAUGUUAUAAAAUAUUCAUCUGCAAAUUUCAUUUUUUCUGCAUUCUUAGUGAUUUAAUGUGCUGAUAAUGGAUAUAAAUGCCUACGUGCGAAUUGUUGAUUAGUUCGAUGACUUCUCUGAAAAAGUUUUUGCUAGAUUGAAGGAUAUGUCAGGUUUGAGGGUUUUCAACACUACAGAUGUCAACCAGCUAUGUGUUUAUCUUGAUUAUUUCACAACUGUUCGAUGUUGAAGUAAAUGCGUUUUGAAUAAACAUCUUGUUUGUUGUUGAA